GGGAGAUGAUGUUAAGGUGGUUUAUAUAGAGAGGAGAAACCUGCAGUCUCUCUAAUCAUCUAGAUCUCUGCCAGUCCGCCACCAUGUACCUGAACCUCCUCAUCCUCCUCCAACUCCUUUCCUCUGCUGGAGCCUCUGAGAGUGGUAUUGUGGGUGGUAAGAUAGCUAAGCCCCACUCAAGGCCCUAUAUGGUCUCUCUGCAACACAGAGGACACCAUGUUUGUGGAGGAAUGCUCAUCCGGGAGGACUUUGUCCUGACUUCAGCACACUGCUUAAGGAAUGCUUAUCCUUUAACGGUGGUGCUUGGAGCCGACGACUUAAAGAAGUGGAAGAAGAGUUGUCAGAAGAUUCAGGUGUCCCAUUACCAUCGGCAUCCAUUACAUGAGAAUGCAACGCAGAUCAGUUAUGAGGUCAUGCUACUGAAGUUAAGGACCACAGCUCGUCUAACCGAGUAUGUGAAGGUCAUUGGACUCCCAAAGGAGGAUGAACAUCUCCCAGCAUCCCCCAAAUGCUCCGUAGCUGGUUGGGGCAAGACUACCUGGACCAACAACCAGGGUUCUGGCGUUUUGAUGGAAGUGGCGGUGACGGUGGAGGAUGGCUCUGAAUGCAAGAAGGUGUGGCAGAAAUACUUUGAUAAAAAACAAAUGAUGUGCACUCGUACUACCGGAGGGAAAGGAUUUUGUCAGGGAGAUUCAGGGGGACCUCUUAUCUGUAACAACAAGGCACAGGGUAUCGUUGCUUUUAAUUAUCCUGAGAGAUGUGAUGAUUCCCGAUAUCCUCAUGUGUUCAUGAAAAUCCCUUUCUUUCUGCCCUGGAUUAAAGAGGUGUUGCACAGAUAUGAUGCCAACAUGUCUUUAAACAAGCAGGAAUAAAGGACUAGGAAGGACAUUGAUUAUAGUGUACUGACAUAAUGGUUAUAGUGUACUAACAUAAUGGUAUCUAUUCCUAGGAAGGACAUUGAUUAUAGUGUACUGACAUAAUGGUAUCUAUUCCUAGGAAGGACAUUGAUUAUAGUGUACUAACAUAAUGGUUAUAGUGUACUAACAUAAUGGUAUCUAUUCCUAGGAAGGACAUUGAUUAUAGUGUACUGACAUAAUGGUAUCUAUUCCUAGGAAGGACAUUGAUUAUAGUGUACUGACAUAAUGGUUAUAGUGUACUAACAUAAUGGUUAUAGUGUACUAACAUAAUGGUAUCUAUUCCUAGGAAGGACAUUGAUUAUAGUGUACUAACAUAAUGGUAUCUAUUCCUAGGAAGGACAUUGAUUAUAGUGUACUGACAUAAUGGUAUCUAUUCCUAGGAAGGACAUUGAUUAUAGUGUACUGACAUAAUGGUAUCUAUUCCUAGGAAGGACAUUGAUUAUAGUGUACUAACAUAAUGGUAUCUAUUCCUAGGAAGGACAUUGAUUAUAGUGUACUAACAUAAUGGUAUCUAUUCCUAGGAAGGACAUUGAUUAUAGUGUACUAACAUAAUGGUAUCUAUUCCUAGGAAGGACAUUGAUUAUAGUGUACUAACAUAAUGGUAUCUAUUCCUAGGAAGGACAUUGAUUAUAGUGUACUAACAUAAUGGUAUCUAUUCCUAGGAAGGACAUUGAUUAUAGUGUACUGACAUAAUGGUUAUAGUGUACUAACAUAAUGGUAUCUAUUCCUAGGAAGGACAUUGAUUAUAGUGUACUAACAUAAUGGUAUCUAUUCCUAGGAAGGACAUUGAUUAUAGUGUACUAACAUAAUGGUUAUAGUGUACUAACAUAAUGGUAUCUAUUCCUAGGAAGGACAUUGAUUAUAGUGUACUAACAUAAUGGUAUCUAUUCCUAGGAAGGACAUUGAUUAUAGUGUACUGACAUAAUGGUAUCUAUUCCUAGGAAUUACAUUGAUUAUAGUGUACUAACAUAAUGGUAUCUAUUCCUAGGAAGUACAUUGAUUAUAGUGUACUAACAUAAUGGUAUCUAUUCCUGCACAAAUACACUUCUCAUCAUGCCCUGGAUAGAGGACAAGUUUCUGAUAAAGCUAAACCUUCACCCGUUCAUAGUUGUUAGAGAGAGAAAGAGAGACAGAGAGGGAGUGUGUGUGUGUGUGUGUGUGUGUGUGUGUGUGUGUGUGUGCGUGCGUGCGUGUGUGCGUGUGUGUGCAGGCUCCGUGCAGUGUCGUAGUGCAGGCUUUUGAAGGGUAUUGUGGCUCUUACUAAUUCAACAACAUGUGAUGAUCCUAAGUACCCCCCGUGUUAACAAUAACAAUCAUUUGUUCGUCCUGGAUUUGAAGAGGUGAUCGUGGAUACUGACAAAAUGUCACAAAAAAAUGUCACAGUUCUAGAAUGAAUUAAUAGAUACAUUUUAACAUGUUGUGUUCUAAUACAAAUGACUGUAUUUCUGCAUAGUACACCUUGUCUGUUGUACACCUGUAUACCUUAAGAAACAGGAAAUACAUUUCUCAACAGAUUUUUAUUUUGUUUACAUUUGAAACUGUAUCAUUCAGAUCGGCACAGCUUUCCAGUGCUGCCCCCAAAUCACUGCUUUUCACUGUAGUUAGAACGUGAAUUAUUAAAUCAAACUUUUUCCAAAGAUAAAUCUUUACUGUGUCGUAUUUUACAUGUUGAAAGGAUAUCAUAUUUGGUAACUCUUUACAAUAAGGUUACAUUACUUGUCCUAAAGUAAAUAAAGUAAUGCAAGCGAU